AUGGGUGGUGUUUCCGUUCGCGAUGUGGACGCGCAGAAGUUCAUUGCUGCCUACUCUGCUUUCCUGAAGCGUCAGGGCAAGCUCCCCAUCCCCGGCUGGGUUGACACUGUCAAGACCUCCGCCUCCAACGAGCUUCCUCCCCAGGAUGCUGACUGGUACUACGUCCGCGCCGCCGCCGUCGCCCGCCACAUCUACAUGCGCAAGACCGUCGGUGUUGGCCGCCUCCGCAAGGUCCACGGCUCUACCAAGAACCGCGGUGCCCGCCCCGCCCACCACGUCGAUGCCUCCGGCUCCGUCGACCGCAAGGUCAUGCAGUCCCUCGAGAAGAUCGGUGUCCUCGAGACCGAUGAGGACAAGGGUGGCCGCCGCAUCACUCAGUCUGGCCAGCGUGAUCUUGACCGUAUCGCCAAGACCACCGUCGACGAGGAUGAGGAGUCGGAUGAGGAGUAA